AUGUCAUCUAAAGAAAAUAAUGUCAUUUUAAAUUCAAAGUAUGAUGCUUCCGCCGAAAAAACUAUUAUUCUAAACGUUGGUGGUGUUAAGUACGAAACACAGAGAUCGACGCUUCUCUCGUAUCCGGAUACGUUUUUAGGAACAAUGUUUGCAAAGCGUAAUCUGUCAUUACUUCAUCCUAAGAAUGAAAAUGAAUAUUUUAUUGAUCGAGAUGGAAGCCUGUUUCGUUACGUGAUACAAUAUUAUCGCACCGGAAAAGUCUAUUUACCAAAAGACAAUGUUACAUCAUUGGUAUCUUUAAAGGAGAUAGAGGCGGAGUUGGAUUAUUUUCAAAUCCCUUUUAAAAAACAUGAAAAGCAAAAAAUCAUACAAAAACUUUCUUUCACAAAUAAUCCAACGGUAGAGAAAUUAGAUCAAUUCAUAUACGUCUUACGUAACGUUAUAAAAGAGGUCAUGGGUACCUUUGAAACCGAGGUCAUGAUAACGUUUAGUAAAAAUGGUUACCCGCCAUUUAUGAAUUUUGGUCGUUAUUAUGUUAAAAGUUCCGUUAUAAUGGAAAAUAUCGAUUCAUUAAUCAAACCAUUUGGUAGCGUUGCUUAUACAUUUUUGGAUAAGUAUGGUUCCGAUAUCGGUCAACAUCUUAAAGGUGAAAUACCCGAAUUAAGUUGGCAAUACGGUUAUUCACAAAACAGGGAACAACUUAAGUUACACAUGAGUAUUAGUAAUAUCAUGAGCGAUGAGGAAAUCUUUAAGCAUUCUCGUUUAAAUUUAUCCAAUAUGAAAAUAAAAGAAAAGUAA